AGCAGCAGCAGCCGCCCAUGCUGCAGCCGGCGCCAGCAGGCAUGCUCACCCUCUUCCUCGUCUCCGGAGGCUCCCUCUGGCUCUUCCUGGAAGUUGCCAUUUCCAUCUUUGAAAAGAUGCAAGCACAAGAGAUCCUACGGAACCUGAGACUUCCAGAGUUUGAAGACUUAAGUCAGUAUUUCCGAAGUUUGCCCACUACUACCUUGGUAGGCAUUGGUGCCUUUGCAGCUGUUGUUGCGUAUUGGCUGGCUAGCCGUCCCAAAGCGGUGAAACCACCAUGUGACCUCCAAAUGCAAUCAGAAGAAGUUGAGGGCUGGAAUGGUGCACGGAGAUCAGUAAUUGGUGACAGCUCACAACUGCUAACUCACUACUAUGAUGAUGCAAGGACCAUGUAUGAGGUUUUUAGAAGGGGUUUUAAUAUAUCUGGUGCUGUACCCAUAACCCCAGCAAAUGUGGAGAGCCGAGUGCACAAAGCCAGGAACAGAAAUCUUUUGCUCUCUAGAUAUCUUGGAUCUCAGAGUCCAUCAUCCAUUACGAUUGGCCAGCGGCUUGGCCUCCAGCACCGCCAUCGCGCCCUUUCACGGCGGCAGCAAGGAAGCCGAGGCUUGACCUCCGCCGCCGCCCGGCUUCCCCCGCAGCGGCGGCGGUGGAGGAGGCCAAGCCGCUGCGCCGAGAGUGUAAAGGUUUAUGAAGGCUAUGGUCAAACAGAGUGCACAGCUGGAUGUACCUUUACCACUCCAGGGGACUGGACGUCAGGUCAUGUAGGAGCACCUUUGCCCUGUAACCUAAUCAAGCUGGUGAAUGUUGAAGAACUGAAUUAUUUUUCUUCCAAAGGAGAAGGAGAGAUCUGUGUGAAGGGUCCAAAUGUUUUCAAGGGCUACCUGAAAGAUGAUGAGAGAACUGCUGAAGCAUUAGACAAGGAGGGAUGGCUUCAUACAGGAGACGUCGGGAAGUGGUUACCUAAUGGAACACUAAAAAUCAUUGAUCGAAAGAAACAUAUAUUUAAAUUGGCUCAGGGAGAAUACAUUGCACCAGAAAAAAUUGAAAAUAUCUACAUUCGUAGUGAACCUGUCUCCCAAAUAUAUGUGCAUGGAGAUAGUUUACAGGCCUUUUUGGUGGGAAUUGUUGUACCUGACACUGAAAUCAUGCCAGGCUGGGCCAAGAAGAAAGGCUUUGAUGGAACUUUUGCAGACCUUUGUAAAAAUGUGGAACUGAAAAAAGCAAUAAUGGAAGACAUGGUCCAGUUAGGAAAGGAAAGUGGACUUCAUUCAUUUGAACAGGUUAAAGCUGUUUAUAUCCACUCUGAAAUGUUCUCUGUACAGAAUGGCUUGUUGACACCUACAUUAAAAGCUAAGAGACCAGAGCUAAGAGAAUACUUCAAGAAACAGAUAGAAGAGCUUUAUUCAAGCAUCUCCAUCUGAUAGCACAGGAAGGUUCUUCAGAAUGAUGUACUGUGUAGCAAUAUUAGGAUAAUGCUGGAAAGUGCAAAGGAUGCAGUUGAAAUGAAUAAGCAUCUGACCUUCCACAUGAGCCUUCUGUUAUCUGAAGACACUAUCACUGAGUAAUUCCAUUGCCAUCUAGUUUUAGUUCCUCUUGUAAUGGAUGCUCUAGAAGAUUGCUUGAAAUGCAUUGGACAACAACAGUUAAGCUGUUUUAAAUUCUACCCCUUCUGAAAGGCAUCUUUGUUAUUAAUGCUUGCAAAAUUCACUUAGCAAACAGGAAAGAAAAACUGAUUGAAUCUGCCAAUUUUGUCUGACAUUCUUAUGAUCCUGGAUGUUUUAGUAAUGUGACCUAUAGGAUUUCCAGAUGCCCUUUGGAUGGAGACCAUUUAGAACUUUUUAAAACCAAGAGGUCCUUACCCUGAUUCACAAACUGUGCAUCAUACACAGAUCUUCUUUAAUAUGGUAGAGCCUUCUCAGCUGUUACGGAGUGUAGAUUUCACCAAGAACCUCUCAGUGCAGCUGAGCUCUUAAUAGUACCAGAGUCCCAGUCAGGGACACAUUGGAGACAAAGACUAGUGGUCUACCUCAUAUAUUCUUUGAUACUCAAAACCACAGACAAAUCUCUAAUCCUGAUCAAGAAUGUAAAACUGAAAUCGUUUAAUCAUUCUUCAAAUGUCAACUUUUACAUUCUGCAAAACAAAACACUGAAUUUGUUGAGUAAUCCAUUCAUAUAGGAACUGGAGUAGGAAGAAUUUUGAUUUCAUAUAAGCCAACUAUAAUAUGACUGAUAGCACGUGUUGGAUGAAUACUAAACCUGUAAUUGUCAGAAAUAGGGUAGGCCUGAAAGAGCAUAACUGUACAACUGAAUAUACUGAUAAGAACUCAUGCUUUGAAAUGCUGUGGCUCUGCCCCCACCCUCAUAUAGUCCAGAUUCUCUAAAAAUCAUCUACACAGUAAAUCCUACAUUGAAAAGCUAGCUUAUCACCAUGAUACCAAGAGCUGUUUCUAAUGGAGAUAUUCAUUAGUGGGCCAUCUGAAAAAUGUUUUCCCUCCUUAUGUACACUAAUGAAAGCAAGCAUUGUCAAUCCAGCAUGACUUCCAUGUUGCCACUUUCAUAUAAGACUGUGAGGUAAUUUGAAAGAAGGAGUUGGGAAUCUUGGGCCACCAGAUGCUUUGGACUUCAACUCCCCCAAUGCCUAGGCAGUAUGACCACUAAUAAGAGCUUGUAAAGAUUGCACUCCAAAACACCUGAAGGAUCAAAGGGUCCCCACAAUCUCUCCCCUUUUUAAUGCUUCUGGACAUUUCCAAGAUAUCAAGAAUUAAAUAAUCCUAAAGUGAGACCGACUAAACUGGAUUUACAAUAAUCAUAUAUUUUUUUAAAAAAUACAGGUUGUGUAUCCAUUAUCCAGAAUUCUGAAAUCCUCAAAAAUCCUCCAAAAUUUAAAAUUGGCCACAUCAAUUAUUAAAAAUAUUAUGACAUAUAAAAUUGCCUUCAGGCUAUGUAUAUAAGGUGUGCAUGAAAUAUAAAAAAAAUUCAUGUUUAGACUUAUUUAUAUGCAAAUAGUCCAAAAUCAAAAUCCAAACCACUUCUUGCCCAAAGCAUUUCAGAUAAGGGAGAUUCAACUUGUGAUAUGAAAUAAUUUAGCUAUAUUGAGCUGACAGAUUUUGCAAUUUAAGGACAGUGAAGGCAAAUCUUUCCCUUUCCUUUUUUUUCUAAUCUAAGAUAAAAACGACUAAGCUAAACUGAAAAAUUGAUCUAAAUUGCUCCAUACUUUCUUGGAAUGUCUUUCCUGAAUCAGCUGAAGUAUUAAAACAAAUAAGACAAGGGAAUAAUGAGUAAGUUCUCAUGCAAAAACAAAUUUAGGAACAUUUCUUUGAUUGAGGUUUCAGAAAAUGAUUGCAUUUUUGAUGCAGUAUUCCUGGUACAGAAGGAACUUUUUGUGUUGUGCAAAUGCCCAUCCUGUCUUGUUGAUUGCUCAGCUAUAUAGAUUUCACUUUACAUUUAAAGGGAUUUAUUCUUCUGCUUCUUUCUAUGAUCAUAUCGAUACAAAACAAUAAAGAAGAUUAUGGUUUAGUACAGCCUUCCCCAUCCAUGCUAUCUAGGGAUGAUGGGAGUUAUAGUAUAACAUUUGGUGGUACUGGGUUCAGGAAGUCUGGUUUAGUAUUGUAUUCUACCUUUAAAGAAAAACCAGUAAUCUAGUUAAAGACUUGAACAUUAAGUCAUCAUUUUAUAACAGAUAAUAAGAAACCCUAAUUUUCAUAGUCAUUGGACAGGGAAAAUGCAGAAAUGUUAUUGUAUGUGUAUUCUUUCAGACUAGAUUGAUGCUUAGAAAGAAUAUUUUAAUAUUUACUUCUCAGAGGCAUAAACACUGGAGAAAAUUGGCAUGCAAAUUAAACUUGGGCCAUAUAGCUUUAUCUACCUGCAGUAGUCACUGUCCCAAAAGUUCUGUCAUGGCCUCAUUUACUUAAACCAGUAAAUUAAAGCAAACAUUUAUUAAACUUUUCACUUUCCCUUUGUAUGAUCAAGCCAUAAUUAAUUGUUUUUACAUCUGAUUUUCUCAUUAGAACCAUGAGGAUAUAAAAAUGUUUAACAGUGGCUGGAUCAUGCUCUCUUAAAGUAACACGGUUGUUUUUUUUGUUUUAGUUGUACAUUCCUUUCCCCAGCAAAUAGCUGUUUUUAUUCAGAGCACUAUAGGAAAAUCUGUCAAAAACAUUUAAUUCUUCUCCUCUGGUAACAGAGUUGUGUAUGACACUGUACCCAUAAACUUCAGCUAUAUACAGAAAAAAGAGCCAAGCUGGAGUUUGGCUCUACAUGUAUGCUCCACAUUCAAAAAUGCAUGUCAUAUGGUUUGGCAAAUGGAAAGAACAAUGAGCCUGGGGAUGGAUUGCUACUGCUCAUCUACUUCUAGCUUGAGAAAAUUCUUGGGAUUAAGUAUCACAAAUUUAGAUGCCAUUUAUAUUUUAUGGCACCCAUAGCUUUAUGGUGACACUAUUGUCAUGUAAUUUAAGGGCCUGGUAGCAUACAAAUGAGGCCAAUCACACAGGUCCUGCUCAGAGGCUUGAAAAAUUACUUCUUUAGACUACAAAUGAGCCAUGCUUGCUUGGGAAUUCUGCAAGCUUCAAAACUUUGACUUUAUCACCCUUAUUUUUGGCUGGUCAACAAGUGCUCUAGAAUGACAUACCCACACAGUCAUGUGUUUUUAGAUGUUGUAACAAAACUUUAGGCUGAAACCAUAAUUGUAAUUAAUACAUGCGAGUCCUACAAUGCAGUCAUAGUACAUGAUGGGCACCCUACAAAGCAAAUACACAUAGCUUUUGCUAUUCAAGCUUAAACAAAUACAUAUUAAUUUAUUCCAAAAGUAAACAACAAAUACUUCGAUCAAUUGUUAUAACAAGAAAAAAAAUAUUUGUGAUACAAUGUACAUACUUGCACCUGGGUAACAUCACAGAUUAUGAUAUAAUAGUGCUCUGGAGGCUGCUUUCUGUAGAGAAAAUAAGUAGGGUCAAAAUAUAGGUACCCAUACUAAUAACUGGAUUAAAAAAAGAUGCUGCUAGUAUGCAUUUGUGACAUACCAUAUAUACUCGACUAUAAUUUGACCUCAUGUAUAAGUCGAGGACAGGUCUUUGGACCAAAAUUGUGGAUUUUGC